AGUUGCUGGCCAUAAGUUUAACUGAGUUGUAACGAGCGUGUUUAAGGAUAUACCACAUUCGUUAUGUAGUUACAAGUGUAUAUAACAAAACAGAGGUCUUUUCAAGUACCUUGGUCGUUUGAAAAGUAGCAUUGUUUAUCUGGGAAGCAAGUUGGCAGCAAUCCACUGUUUCGUGUAACGUUAGCUCGUUGACAUUUUGCUUAGAACAAAGCGCCACACGGACCUCUCCAUCUCGUUGCGAACCUUUCCAGACGUGCCCAUUUAGAAAACCAUGGCAACUAGAGGUCACUCCUCAGGCUCCUCAAUGAGUAACCACACCAAAGAGCGAGUGACCAUGACCAAGGUGACACUGGAGAACUUCUACAGUAACCUGAUUGCACAGCACGAGGAGAGGGAAAUGAGGCAACAGAAGCUGGAGAGGGUGAUGGAUGAAGAAGGACUACCAGAGGAGGAGAAACGCAUGAGGCGUUCUGAGCAUGCCCGUAAGGAAACAGAGUUUCUGCGCCUCAAGAGGACCCGGCUUGGCCUUGAUGACUUUGAGUCCCUUAAAGUUAUUGGACGAGGGGCUUUUGGAGAGGUGCGACUGGUGCAGAAGAAAGACACGGGUCACGUGUACGCCAUGAAGAUCCUGCGCAAGGCAGACAUGCUGGAGAAGGAACAGGUGGGCCACAUCCGGGCCGAGAGGGACAUCCUGGUCCAGGCCGACAGCCUCUGGGUGGUCAAGAUGUUCUACAGCUUCCAGGACAAGCUCAACCUCUACCUGCUCAUGGAGUUCCUACCUGGGGGUGACAUGAUGACGCUGCUGAUGAAGAAGGACACCCUAACAGAGGAGGAGACCCAGUUCUACGUGGCGGAGACGGUGCUGGCCAUCGACUCCAUCCACCAGCUGGGCUUCAUCCACCGCGACAUCAAGCCAGACAACCUGCUGCUCGACUCUAAGGGCCACGUCAAGCUGUCAGACUUUGGCCUGUGCACCGGACUCAAGAAGGCCCAUCGCACAGAGUUCUACCGGAACCUCAACCACAGCCUCUCCAAUGACUUCACAUGGGAAGCGAAGGCUGGUUUGUCACUGGGUGUGUUGGUUUUCCUGCCCCAUUUUUCAACAGCGUCACAGAACAUGAACUCCAAGAGGAAGGCAGAGACCUGGAAGAGGAAUCGUCGGCAGCUGGCCUUCUCCACUGUGGGCACCCCAGACUACAUCGCCCCUGAGGUCUUCAUGCAGACGGGCUACAACAAGCUCUGUGAUUGGUGGAGCCUCGGAGUCAUCAUGUACGAGAUGCUGAUUGGCUACCCUCCGUUCUGCUCGGAGACGCCCCAGGAGACCUACAAGAAGGUGAUGAACUGGAAGGAGACGCUGGUCUUCCCCCCAGAGGUGCCCAUCUCCGAGAGGGCCAAGGCACUCAUCCUCAGGUUCUGCUGUGAGUGGGAACAUCGUAUUGGUGCCCCGAGCGUGGAGGAGAUCAAACGCAACCCUUUCUUUGAGGGGGUGGACUACGAUCACAUCAGGGAGAGGCCGGCUGCCAUUCCUAUUGAAAUCAAGAGCAUCGACGACACCUCCAACUUUGACGAGUUCCCUGAAUCAGACAUUCUACAACCCGCAGCUCCAGUCGUGGCCACUAACCACUCCGAGGCGGACUACAAGAACAAGGACUGGGUCUUCAUCAACUACACCUACAAGCGCUUCGAGGGCCUCACCGCUCGCGGUGCCAUACCCUCCUACAUGAAAGGAGGGAAGAGAUAGAGGCCUCCUUUUCUCCCUCACUCCUCUUUUCCUCCCCACGGAACAUUCCUCCCAGUGGAUUCUAUGUUUUUUUAAAUUCCGUCCGUUUCCCUAAAUCCAACUUAUAAGACUCAUUGCUCUCUCUUUCUCUUUCUCUUUCUCUUUCUCUCUCUCUCUCUCUCUCUCUCUCUCUCUCUCUCUCUCUCUCUCUCUCCCUCUCUCUCCCUCUCUACUUCCGGAUUGUACCCUCUGGUGUCUCUGCCGUGCGUGCUGCUGUGGGCUUCUUUGUGGGAUACUGCUAUACCUUCUAAGGACUUGGCCGGAACUGUUGCCCUCUAUGGGAGGAUGUGCAGUGUGGUAUAUGGUUCACACUGACUUUAUUCAAAUGAGCAGUCUCCUCCACUGACUGGGCUGCCCAGCUGGCCUCCACACUGCCCUGUCUCCACAUGACUGGUCCACACUCUCUCUGUCUUUCUCUCUGUCUCUGUCUCUGUCUCUCUCUCCCCCCCCCCUCUCUCUCUCUCUCUCCUUGAGGCCUUCGGAGCAGUAGGGAUGCAUGGAGCGCACACGUAAGCGUGCACACACACACACACAAACACACACACAUACACACGCACGCACACACACACACACACGCACACACACACACACACACACACACACAACAACAACAAUGAACAAUGGCUGGCACUAUCUGUCACAACUGUUUAGCUUCUCUCCUCCAGCUUCCCUCUUUUUUUUACUGUUGCCGUUUCUUUUUUUAUUUCAUUUUCUUUUUUUCCUUUCAAAGCGUGUGGGUGAAGAGGAAAUGUAAGAGUUUCCAUUUGCACUGUGUGUCCCAAAUGGCCCUCCUUACAUGAACGUUUUUUUUUGUGUGUGGUGUGGUUGCUCCCCUACAUUAUCUCCGUGUGUGCCCUCACCUCCCUUAUUGCCACUAUGUGACUGACUCCUCAGAGGGGUGCUGCUUAGAAGCUGUGUGUACGUCCGUCCGUGUGUGUGUGUACAUCCGUCCGUGUGUGUGGGUGCGCGCGCGCGUGUGUGUGUGUGUGUGUGUGUGUGUGUGUGUGUGUGUGCCUGUGUAAGUAAGCUCUUGUUGUGAACUGGUUCUGCACUGAACUGUGCUCCACCCUGAGUAGGCUGGUUUCUCAGCCCCACCACAGGAAACCACAGACAGACCUGGCAGAGAAGCACGCUCCACUCCGCUCCACUCCACUCCACUCAUAACCCUCCUCCACUGCUGCUCUCUCGCUCUCUCACUCGCUCUCACUGCUGCUGCCAUGGGAGUGGACUGUGUGUGUGUGUGUGUGUGUGUACAUAUUACGUGCGUAUGUGUGUGUGACAGAGAGAGAGAGAGUGUGUGACAGAGAGAGAGCCAGAGAAAGAGAGAGCGGGCGCAUGUGUGUUUGUGAAUGUGUUUGUCUAUGUGUUGGGGUAUUUCUGUGUGUAUGUGUGUGUGUGUGUGUGUGUUAUAUCUGGGUUGAUGAGAUCACCCCGUCUGCCAAAAAUGGAAAGAACCGCCCCCCUUUUCCAGGAAUAAUCUGUAUAUGUCUGGUGGAGUCACAUAGUGUUGAACUGGUGAAUCAAUGCCUUUAUCGUGUUCUCUUUUUGUAUUUUCUACAGCGCUACCAUGUGGUGGUAGUGCUUACAUUUGUAUUUCCUACUACUUGUGAAAUAUUUCCUUAAGAUGAUGCAAUGCAACUUUUUUAUGAUUAUUGCUGGAUUUUACCCAAAGAACAUAGCAGUAGUUUAUAUUUUUAUAUCAUGCUGAUAGUUUGAUAGUUCAAAGUGGUUGACAAUUCAAGGCUGAUGCAGAUCUUUUGAUAAAAAAAAUAAUAUAUAUUUUUGAAUCAGCUCUUUUUUUCCAUACAUGCUUUUCUUACUGUUAUACUUUGUGUGUUUUGCCCUUUCAACGAAACCCCUUCGCAAUACCAAUGCAGAAACCAUAAGGGUUUAUUUAAGUUAUUCUUUUCAUUAUUAUUUUUGUCAGAGACAGCUGUUGAACUAGUGUCAUUUCCUGGUCUCACAGAUGGGAGUGGAAACUGCUUUUCUGUUUUGUGAAGUUCAUGAACACUAUUCAGGAUGAAGUGUCAGGAAAAUAUGGAGAGCAUAUUUAGAGAUAGAGUGUGUCCUUUUUUAUGAGUCUGUUUGCAGAAUGAAUGCUGCUCAUUCACAAAUAUCAGCUUUUUCAUGAAUGACUACUACCACCAUCAGAGUUUUCAUUAUGGUUUGACUUUGGAAAUGUACACUUUUCAUACAUGAAUAGGUGGGUUUUCUCCACGUCAGUCUUAUAUUUUGAAUUAAUAGUGAUAGACCUCAUAGACAAUGUUGGCUGCAAAAUCUUAUUGUGGUGAGAAUAGACCAAUAUUUGUGAGGAAAAAAAAGAUCAAACGUGAAUGGCAGCAUAGUAUAUUUUGGAAAUAAAACUACUAAAGUUACUCACUAAUUCUUUAAGGGGAUUCACACAUUCUCAAACUAGUGUUCUUCUCUGUAUCGUUUCCCAAGUUCUUACUACAUCAUUCUUUUUUAAAAGGCACUUUCAGCAUUUGUUUUUGUAGCUGUUGUAUUUAUGAAUACUAUGUAACGUUACAUAUAUGUUCUUUUUUUAAUCUCUUUUGCUUCUGACAUGGACAGCUGAAUGAUGUGUUCUAUGGUAUUGCUCUCUUUGACAAGUCUUGCUUUUUUGUUACUAUUUGCUGUGUCCAUUUUGAUUUAUAAAGAGCACCAUUAGUUGGAGUGGUACUUGUCAUAGGAAAACGGUACAGAGCAAACUCAUCAGAGACAUCACAGUGACUCAAACUUGAGAAGGUUUCUUGUUGAAAUCGAGGUCUCAGUGAGCUUGUGUUUGACGCAUAUACUCUAUAAGUUGAUGACUUUUCCUUCACAGAAUGAUGUGAACUCUGAGCUGAACUUCCUCUCAGAGGUUCUCAUGUUAAAAAGCACUUCAGAUGAGAGAGUGAUAGCAUCAUAUUGUGUGUCAUAACUUUGAUGUGUGGAGGGUUAUCACCCAUGUUUAACUCCCACCUAACAGGCUUUAUCCAUGUCUGGACUGAGGGAUGUGUGAUAUUUCAUUGACCUGUGGGUCAUGUUUUUUCAUAAGGUUUUUAUCAAGUCCUUAGUUCAAGGAAUGUGCAUAAUGUCCAGCAAGUUACUGUAUGGUCUCUAGUUUAUUAGAUUUGAGAUUUCUUUUUGGUCAUCUUCUGUCAUCCAAGUGAGCCUGUUGUGAGGAUAUGUGAUGAGAUAACUUAAGCAUUCCGUGUGUGUGCACGUGUGUGUAAGAUAUGAGACCUAACCCUGGUAGUUGAAACCCUUUCAUACUUGUAUUCCUGUGUGAAUACACAUGCUUUAAGCCAAAGGCAUAUUUACAGUGUUUUUCUAGAAUGAGUUUGCAUGUUUUAUGAAUGGUUGAGUAGGAUUUCAAAUGUAAAAAAAACUCAAGUAUUUAUGUCUGUUCAUUUCCUAGCCUUUGAUCGAUCUGGAUUCAAUUCAGCUUGAACAAUAUGCUUUCAGAAUAAAAUAAAACUUAUUUUCACCAUCA